UCCAAGAAACAUACAAUACUGAAGAUAAGCUCAAUAAUACAUGGCAGAAGAUCAGAUGAGGACUGUUUUCCUAAUUUCACUCUAGGUUUUAAUCUCCAAAUAUUCUCCUCCACUGACCGUAUUAAAUCCGCUGCCAUAAGUCCUUUCAGAUUCGCUGUUACUGGUUCUCUCCAAGUAAUUAGAGCUGCUGACAUGGCGAUAUCUGAUGCAAUUAUCGGCAAUCUAACGACGAUCUACGUGGUAGUGAUAGCGGGGAUCAAGGCGUACGGGUUAGUGUGUGGACGGAGCUUCAACGGUGGAUUUGUGCUGAUCGUGUCGACCACGGUUGUUGCUGCCGUCUUGAUUGCGACGCUGACGUGGGACGUGUCACGGAAGGCCGUGUAUGCCGUGUCGCGGGACCAUGUGCAGGAGAUGUGCAAGGGCGGUAUUUGUUGGCACGGCGUGGCGGUCCGGUCUUCGGUUUCUCAGGUCCGGUUCAAGCUUCCGCAACAAUUAGCCUAUGGUCAUUUGUGAAUACAAGAAGAGUCGAGAGAAUGUAAGAUAUAGGGUCUUUUUCUUGGUUGUUGACGGUGUUUGUUACUGGUUUUUCGGCUUCUUUUGCUUGCUUUACCUAACAGAGCGCACCAGAUGUGUAAAAAAAAAAAUGUGUGAAUUAAAUAAAUGUAUGGGUGUUUUUUGCUUUAA